CCCCCGAAGAACACCAACUCAUUCACAGCAACAGCAAAAAUACUCUCAAAAGAGUGAAAAUAAAUAAAUAAAUAACAAACAUGACGAAAAUUGGAUCGGCUCAUAAUGUGACCGUCUUAGGUUCGGGGGAGACGACAGUUGUCCUCGGCCAUGGUGUUGGCAGCGACCAGUCAGUAUGGAAGCAGUUUGUCCCACACCUUGUGGACGACUACACCGUCAUUCUCUACGACAACAUGGGUGCAGGGACCACCGACCCCAACCUCUACGAUUUCAACCGUUACUCAUCCAUCGAUGGCCACGUGGAAGAUUUGAUCGCCAUUCUGGACGAACUCAAAGUCGAGGGAUGCAUUUUCGUCGGGCACUCGCUGUCCGCUUUGGCGGCCGCCAUGGCCUCGAUUUCCAGACCCAAACUCUUUCGUAAAGUGAUCAUGAUUUCCGCUACCCCGAGAAUGGUAAACUCGGAGGACUACUACGGAGGCACCGACCAGGAAGCGGUCGACCAUAUGCUGGCCGCCUUUGAGAAGGACCCCACAUCUUUCUACUUGGACGUCGUGGCCCCACGAGCGGUGGGCGGCAGCCCGGACUCGGUGGCCGUGGAGGAGUUCAGAAGAACCAUGGUUAAGGAGCGGCCGCACAUUGUCUUACACAGGGCCCGCUGGAUAUUGUCUUAUGACCUGAGGCCAUACCUCGGCCAAAUAACCGUCCCCUGCCACGUCAUCCACAGCUCCAAGGACACGAUGGUGCCGGUGGAGGUGGCUGAGUACAUCCACCGGAGCCUGGGCGGGAAGUCGGUUUUGGAGGUGAUUCCGACAGAGGGUCACUUGCCGCAUCUCAGCUCCCCGGAGCUCAUAAACCCGGUGUUGCUCCGCCAUAUACGGACGGAUAUCUAGUUACUUUAUAUUGAAUCCUUUUCAUUGAAUAAAAAUGAUCCUUGUAGUCUGCUAUACGCCAGGACAUCUUGUAGCGUUUGAUGUUGAUCCUUUUCAUUGAAUCAAGAUUGUUCUAAAGCAUAAUAACUUGUCACGUUAAACAACUUAUAAUUAAGUCAUUGUUGAAUUGGUAGGGGUAACUCUUUC